AUGCGAACGCAUCCCACGUUUUACGUUGGUCGGCUUAAGCCGUACCAUCAGUAUCAUCUUCAUCUUCCUAUGAAGAACGCCCUUGCGCUCAAGCAUCUCGCAGAGAGCCUUGUGCUCCCGAUGGUGGGCAUCGACAAGGGUCUGAAGAGCAGUUACAUCAGCCCGAGACCGAUCAACAAUCCCACGAGCUACCCUUAG